UUAGCUCAAGUUUGCAACUCAAAUGUGUUACAUCGCAAGUCUUGUGACUCAAGUAUAAAUACCAAGUGUGAAGCCCAAGUGUGAAACCCAAGUGUAUAUCACAAGUGUGGGACUCAAAUGGUAGUGCCAGCAUGUCACGGCACCGGCCGACCGCUCGUCACUUCCACAACCAGCCGGAGCUGCUCCGUGGUGGCAGAGUGAUGGGUGGUGGGGUGAUGGUGAAGUGGAUGCUGUUCGCGUGGCUCGCCAGCUGCGGACCCCUCGGCAACACGGUGAAGCAGGAUGGUUGCGUGUUCCCGGCGCGAUGGCAGGGUCGGUGGUUCCAGUCGGGGGUCAUCCAGCCGAUCCUCAUCCAGGACGGGUCGCUGUCCAACAAGGGCCGCUGCCUGUCCUCCGAGGGCGACAAGUUCCUUAUUGUUGACGAAAAAGGCUGUUAUCGCUGUGUUGUAAUGCACGAAAAACAUAUAAACGUACUUCAAUAUAAAGAAACGUUCUGUCACCGUCGGGACGCUCUGCCCCACCUCUGCACCACCAUCACCGGAGACGCUCUGCUCUACUCCAUGUUCCGGGAGAACGCCGAACCCGUCGACUGUCCGCUCAAAGGACCCUUUUCCUUUUCGUAUAACAGAGGCCACGGUGACUGCAAGAUCCCUGCUUCAUCUAUAGAGAGCUGUACAGAAGACUCCAGGCUGCUGCUCAACUACCAGGCCUGUCCCGACGUCUACGGCUCGGAGAGUACUGUGGAGGAGCUGGAAUGCCUGGCGACGUGGAAGGAGGGCAGCCUGCGGUUCCUGGUGGGGAAGAUCCACCACAACCACGCCACCAGCAACGAGGACCGAUACCGCUGCUUCGUCUACGAGAAGACAAAUGGUAUUGCAUCGGGCAGCAACAUAAAGGAGAUACCAACUCCUGGUGGCGUCGAGUACCGCGUGGCACAGUCCGGUGACGCCACGUGCAACGGCCUGUUCAGCGCCACAGAAGGCUCUAGAACCAUGGCGCUAAAGAGAGUGACAAGCAAGUUCACAUGCCAAUUCCCCUCGUGGAUGACGUUCUCGCACACGUGGCAUACGCUCGACUACAGCAGCAACUACACGUUCCAACGCAACGCGACGCUGCGGAUCACCAACGCCACGGGCGGCGAGGUGAAGGUGUUCUGUGUGAGCGUGAAGGCCAGCUCGCCGAGUGGAAAUUCUGUCGCGCUCGUCGCGCACUGGCAACACCAUUGCGUGUCCCGCUACGUGUGCGUCGUAUUAUAUCGUCGUGAUGCUCACAUCGCGGAGCUGCAACGCGGCUCACCCGCUCCCCGCGCCGACGACGCGUGCUCCCCUCACCACUUCAACGCCGCUACUGCACCCUACGUCACACUUGUCGCCAGUAACCCCGACUCCAAAGAAUGCCCGUACUCCGGAAAGUACAUAAUAUCAAACCACCGCCACAAGAGGGGGCUGAGCGAGAAGGACAAACAUAGAAACGACGACACAAACGAAAGAGAGGGGCAUAGGCAUAAGAGGCAGGAACUGGAUCAUAAUCGUAGGGUUAACCACACUAGGAUGUUCAAUUUUAGCGUAAGGAAUAUGUCUGAGACCCCCAUAUUGAGGAGUAGGAGGGGCUCGGAGGAGUGCGGCGUGUACAGCAGACUCGAGGUGGGCUGCAACUCCGUCAAGAACAUGGAGUUCUACUCCACGUGCGAGAAUAAGGAAGUCAUGACAGCGUACACGUGCCACGGCGGGUGGUACGAGAACGGGCUGUCGUUCGUGGUGACGACGCCGGUGUCGCGCGACAGCGGCGCGGCGCGUCGCUACUGCUGGGUGUCGCGCGAGGGCCGCGCCGCGCUGUCGCUCGCGCGCUCCGCCGCCAACUGCGAGCGCGCGCCCGACCACAGAGUGUACGACGCAGCGUUCGACGGUAAAUGUCAAGACGAGCCAAACCGCCAGCCACAGUGGCUGCCGUCGCCGUACACGACAUGUCUACUAACACUACUCCUGCAUGUGAUACCUAGGUGAUUCAGAGUCUAGGGCACCUAGAAAACUUGUACUCAAUAUAGUUAAAAUGUCUGUUAUUUUGUGUUCCGUAGAACCCUAUGCCGGCUACAGACGAUAGUAAAACUGCGCAGUUUGGACUGUUCAAUCACAGCAUUUUGGCCCUGGCCUAGCCCACAACCUAAACUGCUGUCUAAGUAAGCAGUGGUAGCCACUGCUUACUAAUUUCGGAGAAAAUCCAUUCUGUAGUUUGCGAAAGAAAAUCGGUUUUUCUCAUAUGACAUUGCGAAUGAUUACCUACAAGUAUGAUUAGGUACUAUUACUAAGUAGUAGUAAACAGUCUCUUACAUUAAUUAUAAUAAUGUGUCUACUGCGGUGAGCGGUCUGCGACAGCUGAACUGCGCAGUUUUAUCGUCCUUAAUGUAGCAGGAUUUAUUUAUAACGACUAAUGCAUUUAACUUGUUUUAACGUAAUUAAUUGAUGUAAACAUUACGUUUAUUUUAUAUAAUUUAUGUUUUUUUAAUCACACCAUAAUCAAUUUUAGUAACUUUUACUAUUUGCUCAUUACCUAACAACGACUGUCAAAGUUUUAACAUCUUCGCAAAAAUUUUAAAUAAUGUGUAAAAAUUAAAUCCAUGGUGCAAUUUUCAUGUUAGAUGAUAAUUCAAGUAAACAUUAACCCCCCCUAAUAAAAAGAUUCAUGGUGUAUACAGGAGCAAUUAUACUUUUAUAAUGUUUUGUUCUUGUCUUUCUAGCGAUUUUUCUAACGUAUCAGACAAGGACAUAAUAUUGUUUAACUACUUUCUGUCGAGUAUACUGUGUGAUUGAUAUCUAUUGUAUAGCUGAGUGCGCCUGUUUUAACACUAUUUGGUUCCAUCAUAAAAAAAUACCUUUUGCAUUUGUUUUAUAGCCCUCUUACCUACUGAUAAAGAUAUUUCAUUACUAUUCAAGGUCCCCUGUCCUUGUUUGUCGUGUGACUUUUCCAAUGUACAAGGCAAAGACAAGCCUUGCAUAGAUUAAGGUUGGGUUGCACCAACUAACUGUAAC